AUGGCGACCAGCGGCUUCCUGCCUGCUUCCCAUCCUCUGGCCAACCAGCCUCCUUCCCAUCCUCUGACCAACCAGCCUCCUUCCCAUCCUCUGACCAACCAGCCUCCUUCCCAUCCUCUGACCAACCAGCCUCCUUCCCAUCCUCUGGCCAACCAGCCUCCUUCCCAUCCUCUGGCCAACCAGCCUCCUUCCCAUCCUCUGGCCAACCAGCCUCCUUCCCAUCCUCUGGCCAACCAGCCUCCUUCCCAUCCUCUGGCCAACCAGCCUCCUUCCCAUCCUCUGACCAACCAGCCUCCUUCACAUCCUCUGGCCAACCAGCCUCCUUCCCAUCCUCUGGCCAACCAGCCUCCUUCCCAUCCUCUGACCAACCAGCCUCAUUCCCAUCCUCUGGCCAACCAGCCUCCUUCCCAUCCUCUGGCCAACCAGCCUCCUUCCCAUCCUCUGGCCAACCAGCCUCCUUCCCAUCCUCUGACCAACCAGCCUCCUUCCCAUCCUCUGACCAACCAGCCUCCUUCCCAUCCUCUGGCCAACCAGCCUCCUUCCCAUCCUCUGGCCAACCAGCCUCCUUCCCAUCCUCUGGCCAACCAGCCUCCUUCCCAUCCUCUGGCCAACCAGCCUCCUUCCCAUCCUCUGGCCAACCAGCCUCCUUCCCAUCCUCUGGCCAACCAGCCUCCUUCCCAUCCUCUGACCAACCAGCCUCCUUCCCAUCCUCUGACCAACCAGCCUCCUUCCCAUCCUCUGGCCAACCAGCCUCCUUCCCAUCCUCUGACCAACCAGCCUCCUUCCCAUCCUCUGGCCAACCAGCCUCCUUCCCAUCCUCUGGCCAACCAGCCUCCUUCCCAUCCUCUGACCAACCAGCCUCCUUCCCAUCCUCUGACCAACCAGCCUCCUUCCCAUCCUCUGACCAACCAGCCUCCUUCCCAUCCUCUGGCCAACCAGCCUCCUUCCCAUCCUCUGGCCAACCAGCCUCCUUCCCAUCCUCUGGCCAACCAGCCUCCUUCCCAUCCUCUGGCCAACCAGCCUCCUUCCCAUCCUCUGGCCAACCAGCCUCCUUCCCAUCCUCUGACCAACCAGCCUCCUUCCCAUCCUCUGGCUAACCAGCCUCCUUCCCAUCCUCUGACCAACCAGCCUCCUUCCCAUCCUCUGGCCAACCAGCCUGCUUCCCAUCCUCUGGCCAACCAGCCUCCUUCCCAUCCUCUGACCAACCAGCCUCCUUCCCAUCCUCUGACCAACCAGCCUCCUUCCCAUCCUCUGGCCAACCAGCCUCCUUCCCAUCCUCUGGCCAACCAGCCUCCUUCCCAUCCUCUGGCCAACCAGCCUCCUUCCCAUCCUCUGGCCAACCAGCCUCCUUCCCAUCCUCUGACCAACCAGCCUCCUUCCCAUCCUCUGGCCAACCAGCCUGCUUCCAAUCCUCUGACCAACCAGCCUCCUUCCCAUCCUCUGACCAACCAGCCUCCUUCCCAUCCUCUGGCCAACCAGCCUGCUUCCAAUCCUCUGACCAACCAGCCUCCUUCCCAUCCUCUGACCAACCAGCCUCCUUCCCAUCCUCUGACCAACCAGCCUCCUUCCCAUCCUCUGACCAACCAGCCUCCUUCCCAUCCUCUGACCAACCAGCCUCCUUCCCAUCCUCUGACCAACCAGCCUCCUUCCCAUCCUCUGACCAACCAGCCUCCUUCCCAUCCUCUGACCAACCAGCUUCCUUCCCAUCCUCUGGCCAACCAGCCUCCUUCCCAUCCUCUGGCCAACCAGCCUACAUGA